AUGGUUAAACCUACGGAACACUGGCUUCAUGCCCGCUACACAGUGCUAGAAGUGCCAUCCUCCUAUACAGUGCGGUUGGGCGUUCCGACCGGAAUUCACCCAGUUUUCCACGUCGACCUAAUUCGGCCCGCAGCCGAUGACCCGCUUCCCUCGCAAAUCGUGGACGAUUCGCAGCCACCACCCCUGGAGAUCGAUAGGGAACUGGAAUACGAUGUGGAAGAAAUCCUAGCGGCCCGUACUAAGAGAGUGGGUCGAGGCUCUAGGAGAGAGGUGCUAGUUCGGUGGACUGGCUACUCGCAAUGCACAUGGGAACCACUAGCAUCUAUAGAUGACUGUAGUGCCCUAGACAGAUUUGAGGAGCGUUUCGGGGCCGUUUCGGCCACGGAUGAUCCCCUGCCAGCGGCCGGAGCUCCCGCGUGA